CUUUCCAAUCACAGUAGUAAAACAAGUGGAAGAUAUUUUCCAGAGGAAGUGUACGUGUAAACAUGUGAAAUAAACACUCAACUCUCACCAAAAACAAUCCUCAUUGUAAUAUUUAUCACAAAAUUGAGAAGCAUAACGCACAGAAUGCUGCAGUUCCUAAAAAAGUCUGCAACACGGAAAAAGUCCAAUGGAAACAAAAGCGGAUAUUUGGCACAGGAAGAAAACGUAAACAAUAAAUUUGCGGCAACCGAUGAUGUAAUUGCGAUUGCGAAAGGUUGUGAAUCUGUUAGCGAUGAUGAUGCGUUACAGGAAGCCGAACGAUACUGUCUGCAGCAGGGUAUUGAGAUAUCGGAAGUGAGAUCCAGAUUGUCUCGGAAUCUUCUGGAUAUUUUAUCCGAGCAGAGCUGUAUCUGCUACUUUGUUCAGUACUUAGAGACAAGGGAAGCUCUGUCGUUGGUAAAAUUUUGGUUAGACGUCGAAAGUUUUAAAGGAGCCGCCACAACUGUAAAUGACAAGUAUGGGACAAAAAACGAAUUUCCCAAAUGUUACAGCCAUCGGGGACUGAAUCGGAGUGUUUCUUCCGAUGGUUAUGAUAAUGUUUCGUUUCAAAGUGUCGAGUGCGACUCUAUAUCCAUAUUCUCCGAAAAUGCUUUCGAUGACGCGAUCAUGACCACCACUCCCACUGACGACGGUGACCGUAGCUGUCGAACGUCACGAAGUUGUACUCCGAUUCCGUCGUCCUUAGGAGUGGUCAGCGAGGAGAAACAAUCUGAAUCAACCUCGCUAGCAGACGAUCGGAAACAGAUGUUGGAAGUCUGUGAUCUCACAAUGCGACAAUCGUUGACGGAUGAUGAGAAAACGAAAAUUUGCGAAACGAAUAAACUCAAACUGGACGAACCGAGCAAAGAGAAUAAAUUUAACUCACUGAUAAACUCCGAUGCGGUGCGAAUCUAUAGGAAGUAUUUGGUUUCUAAUUCGCCCCAUCAUAUCGAAAUGCCUGCGAUGAUUCUUUCCACUAUCUCAUUGGCGCUCUGUGAUGGAAGCUGCAGCGAAAGAAUUUUCGAUGAUGCGCAGCAGUUUUUGCUCGAUACUUUGGAGAAGCAAUAUCUGAAUGCGUUCUUGGAGAGCAGCUUUUAUUGUAAAUAUACGUUUGAGGUUCUUUCAAGCGAUAGUCUCGCACUGAGAGAUAUCCUUUUGAGUGAGAUGGCACUGUUUUACUUUAUGGAAUAUCUUGAACAGAAAGGCAAACGUCACGUACUGGAGUUUGUUGUUACAGCCAGUCACUUCCGGAGGAGUGCAGAAAAUGCCCAGGCACAAGCAGAUGCGUUGGUGCUGUAUGAGAAAUAUAUCUCUCUUCAAGCUUCUAGUUCUCUGAAUCUCAGUGAUACGAUUCGGUUUGUCAUAGAGGAACAGAUCUGUUCACAGGAUGUUGGCAAAAUAAAAUAUUGCUUUGAUUUGCCUUCGAGGAUCAUAGAGCGGUUUUUGGAAAGACGCUAUUUUAGGGGAUUCGUAAAAUCGGAACUCUACAAGAGGUAUUUAUCGGAGUUGUUGGGAAAGAUUAAAACUACUCCAGUUGGAGAAGUAUCUAGCGAAAGUCUGGCCAUUAUAGCUGGUCGACGGCAGGUGCAUUCUGAUAGAAUGCAACCGGCUGUUCAGAGACGGGGUCAUCGAAAAACGUUCUCCGACGUGACGAGUGAUAGCACAAGCGCAACAAGACAUUCAUCCUUUAUUUCGUCCCAUAACACUCUGCUAGCCAUGUCGGAUUCGAAUUUCAGCAGGAGGCGAUCAAAUCCGCUGGGGAAUGGAGCGGCAAACAGCCGAGAUAUGAUGCAUAUUGACUCACGUCAGUUGUACAAUCCGGAUCUUUUGUGGAGGAGAAACUCCACGGCAGGUUUAACCUUUGGCCGGGUCGAUGCACUUGGCAGAUAUGAACGAGAUUUUGACAUUGCUGAACCACCCCAGGACGACGACCGGUGGAGCAAAAAUCGACUGAAAAAAGCUAUGCGAAAGUUAGUUAACUUACCCGAAGAUAAAGCACAAGAGGAACUAGCAUGGCAAGUCGCUGAGAUGAUUGUGAAGGACAUCACCAGUGUUACAAUGAGUAGGGAAAAUGGAAAUCAGACGUGAUUGUGACGCGACUCUCUCUUCGUUGGUUACAUCUAGCGUUUAUAGAGUAUUUAUGACCGUACGUAUUAUUGUUUUUUUUUGAGAAAAAAAUGUUACUCUUUUCAAGAAUCUUUGUUUCUCUUUAAUAUCAAUAUUUUAGAGAUAAUUUUUACAUGUUUUUUUAUUUUUAUUUUACGCUCUAUUGUUUUUAUUGUUAUUACCAUACGUCAUAAUAUAUAUAUAUAUAUAUAUAUAUAUUUAACACAAAACAUGUACAGUUUAUGACAAAGGUAGUGGAAAGCCGGAAAAUUAGUAUUCUGAUCAACAAAUUAGCUUUUAUUUCUACUACUAUUAUAGGAGACAUUGAAACUAUAUGGUGCUUGACAAUUUCAAAUAACAAUAUGAAGUAAUAAUCAGUAAGAUAGAAAACUGCAACAUUUCCAAUUGUAUCACGAGUAUAACAAUUAAUGAUGAUAUAAGUCAAUUCGCUCUCGGAUAUUGUUUAUCUAUUAAUCCUCCCUAUUUUAUUCUCAAUCCCAUCAUCAUCGUGGCAAACAACACCAUAUCUUGGAAGCAAUAGACAGGAUGAAAAGAUGCGUGCCAAUCAGAGUAAUGGCAGGAUGUAUAUUCAAGAAGGCACCUUGUGGCUCUAUGAAAGUUCGUACAAGCAAUGUAUAGAGUUUGUGUUUGUCAGUAACCACAAAGAUAACACAAGAUCAAUAAAAGUAU